AUGUCAUUAAAGCCACAGACAUUUUCGUGUGGAUCUGGUGAGUUCUUCAACAUCGAUCAGCAGACUUGUCAGCGGUGCCCUCCCGGCACCUACUCCCUGGGAGGGGGGGUGCUGUUCGACCACUGGGAGGCUCUCCCAGGGGGGUUCACCACCUCAGCAGAUAUCGGUGACUACAGCUACUCCAGCCAGACCAACUGUUCAUCAGUGACCUGGGAGCCGAAGGGAGACUUCAUCGCCUCAGGAAGUGGAGACUGCACCACCACCCUGGUGUACUCGGCCAACCUGAAGAAAGCCGGCAAGAUCACCUUCACCUACCAUAUCUUUAUGUCGUGCUGGGCCAUGAUAAUGUUUGAUAUGGGUGUUUCGGACCGGGUGAUAACUUAUUUGAAAGCCGGCAAGAUCACCUUCACGUACCAGUACAUCGAUGACAACACCAUCUUCCAUGUCUACGUUCAGAACGAGCAGUGCCAAACUGUGAUGGACUCCGACACCAACAAGUGGCCCGACACAACGGAGGAAGGGGCGUGGAAGGAAGAAUCGAUUGACCUGACGUCAGGUAACAACGUGAUCUACUGGAAAACUACUGGUCUGUCCUUUGGGAACGAGAGGAAGCCGAAGCCUGUCUUCAUCAAGAAAAUAACCAUUGAAGGAGUUGCGUACACGUCAGAGUGCACCAAGUGUCCCCCCGGCACGUACACGGACCAGCCAGGACAAUCUGAAUGUAAAGUGUGUGAGGAGAACCACCACCAGCCCCAGCCUGGUCAGAGGAACUGUCAGAACUGUCCCAGAAACCACUACGCAGAGGCUGGUGCUGCCCAGUGCACCCCGAUGCCCGCGUGUGAGGCAAAGGACUACUUUGAGACUCACACACCAUGUGAUGAGAACAAGCAGACCCAGCUGAUGUACAAGUGGAUUGAGCCAAAGAUUUGUCGCGAUGACGUUAACGGUGCAGUCAAGCUCCCCGCGUCCGGCGCCAAGGAGCCGUGUCCGCCGUGUAACCCUGGUAUGGCCUUCCCCAACCAGACAGCCACCGUCUGUGAGUUCUGUCCGGCACAACAGUACUCAGAGGGAGAGCAACGAGGCUGA